UUCAUGGAAGCGAUGUCCCCGCAGCAAGAGACUCUCGGAGGGCAGCCGGGGCGCUCCACUACCCUGACAGGAGUGUCUCGGCUCGCCGAGGGCCUGAGCACCAAGAAGAAAAUGAAAACACUAGCAGAAAGGAGGAGGAGUGCUCCAUCUCUUAUUCUGGACAAAGCCCUGCAAAAACAGCCUAGUACCAAGGACAGCCCUUCUGCUGGGUCCGCGUGCUCCAGUAGGACUCUGUUGAUUGAUGGCUGGGUAGAACUCAGAAGAGGCCUCCAGAGACAGGAGCGACAUCUUUUCCUGUUCAAUGAUUUGCUUGUUGUGGCCAAAAUCAAGUAUAACAACAACUUUAAGAUUAAAAACAAAGUCAAGUUAAGUGACAUGUGGACAGCAGGCUGUGUGGAUGAAGUGGGAGAAGGGAACACCAGUGCCAUGAAAUCCUUUGUCUUGGGCUGGCCCACAGUUAACUUUGUUGCCACUUUCUGUUCUCCAGAACAAAAGGACAAAUGGCUCUCUCUCCUCCAGAGAUACAUCAAUCUAGAGAAAGAGAAGGACUACCCGAAGAGCAUGCCCCUCAAAAUCUUCGUCAAGGACAUUGGGAAUUGUGCCUAUUCUAAAACUAUAACAGUAAUGAAUUCAGAUACAGCAAGUGAUGUUAUCAGCAUGUCACUACCAAUGCUAGGGAUAACUGGAUCUGAGAGAGAUUACCAAUUGUGGGUCAAUUCUGGAAAAGAAGAAGCACCAUACCCACUUAUUGGACAUGAAUAUCCUUACGGCAUUAAAAUGAGCCAUCUUCGAGACUCGGUGCUCCUGGCACAGGGAUCCAAGGACUCCUCCACAGCUUCCAAUCUGCAGGAGCCGUUCCUCAUGGACCAGCUGCCACGCGAGAUGCAGUGCCAGUUCAUCCUGAAGCCCAGCCGCCUGGCCGCCGCCCAGCAGCUGAGUGAUUCAGGCCAGAAGACAUUCAAGAGGAAGCUAUCUGUCAUUAACUGGGCCUUUUGGCGAGGCUCCAGCACUCACCUCGACAACCUGCCCAUGUCACCAACCUCUCCCAUGCCAGGCCAGCUCUUUGGUGUUUCUCUGCCAAAUAUCUGUGAAAAUGACAAUCUACCCAAACCUGUCUUGGAUAUGCUUUUCUUUCUUAAUCAAAAAGGACCCCUCACCAAAGGCAUCUUCAGACAGUCGGCAAAUGUAAAAUCCUGCAGAGAAUUAAAAGAAAAAUUGAAUUCUGGAAUUGAAGUGCACCUAGACUGUGAAUCGAUUUUUGUGAUAGCAUCUGUCUUAAAGGAUUUUCUACGAAAUAUCCCAGGAAGCAUUUUUUCAUCAGAUCUCUAUGAUCAUUGGGUCUGUGUAAUGGAUCAAGGCAACGAUGAAGAGAAAAUAAAUACAAUUCAAAGGCUGUUAGACCAGCUUCCAAGAGCCAAUCUCGUUCUCCUGAGAUACCUUUUUGGAGUAUUACACAACAUUGAGCAACACUCGUCCUCCAAUCAGAUGACUGCAUUUAAUUUAGCAAUAUGUAUCGCUCCAAGCAUUCUUUGGCCUCCUGCUUCUGCCAGCCCAGAACUAGAAAAUGAAUUUACAAAAAAGGUUUUACUGCUUAUACAAUUUCUGAUUGAAAAUUGCUGUAGAAUAUUUGGUGAAGAAAUCACUUCCCUCUUGGGGGAGAUUUCAGUGAGCUGUGAUCUUAGAGAAAAUGCAUCAGAUAUUUCCUGCUUCCAACUGAAUGACUCCUCCUAUGACAGCUUGGAAAAUGAGCUCAAUGAAGACGUCGAUGCUCCAUGUAGCGACUUGGUCAAGAAGCUUAGCCAGGGGAGCAGAAGCAUGGACUCUGUCUUAACCCUCAGUGACUAUGACCUUGACCAGCCUGAGGUGGAAGGCCUUUUAACCCUGAGUGACUUUGACUUAGACCGUUCUAAAGAUGAAGACAUUCCAAUGAAAUGGCCUCUUGAAUCUAAGCCAGUAAGCAUGUCAAUGGCGUACCCAAAGGUCCCACUGCGGGAUCCCGCCCAGGCCCCCACCAGCGUGUGCGCACCCACCUACCUGUCCACGGUGGCCGCAGAUGCCCCCAAGAGCGGGCUGUGGCACCGGCGCUGCUCAGAGCCCAGCAUCGACUAUCUCGACUCCAAGCUGUCCUAUCUCAGGGAGUUUUACCAGAAAAAGUUGCGCAAGUCCAGCUGUGAUGCCAUUCUCUCUCGGAAGGAUGAAGACUACAUGAAGCACAGCCAGGCCCUCCAAGAAGAAGGUAAGGUAUGUUUAAAGCAGAGUCUGGUCACAGGCACUGGUACCAACAAGAAGAAUGCCUCUAAUCAAAAUGUUAAGAAGAAAAGCGUGUCUGGCAAUGAAGGCACGCAUAUGAGACUCUUUCAUAAGUCCAAGCCCGUGGCUAUUUCUGUGGCAUCUUACAGUGGCAUGUCUUCACAGGACCACUGCAGGGGCCAGCCCAGGAAUGCAGAAGCACCUCGGUUCUCCCCGCCACACACAGGAGACACCCUCAAGAGUUCAAGAAUACACCGGCGCUCCUCGGAGCCCAGCAUUGAUGACCAGCACUGCAAACUGACCUAUCUCAGGGGAAUUCACUCAAAGAAACAUCAUAAAGCCAGCUGUGAAGCCGGUCCCUUCCACGGAGAGGAAGAUUAUCUUCAGCGGCACAAGUCUUUGCAAAUGGAAGGACAAAAACUUAUUAAUCAGAGUUUGGUCAUGGGCAUCGAGGUAGGUAAGAGUAGUGCCACCAGCCAGAACACUGAGAAGGUCUUACCCCCUAAAUUAAACAUUUGCCCAAGGACUAGUUAUUCCAGCCUGUCCUCCCCAGGUACAUCCCCCUCCGGCUCCUCAGUGAGCUCCCAGGACAGUGCUUUCUCUCAGAUUUCUGAGCACUCCGUGUUUACGCCCACUGAAACCUCCUCACCGAUAGAUUGCACUUUCCAGGCUCAGAGGAAAGCAGAGGCGCUUCCUUCUGACUGUAGUAGUUCCGGCUUUGUUUCUCUGGUGCCCGGUUCUUCAUCAGGGCAGGCCAGCCGCCAUCUGGUGUGCCCAAAAAAGGACCCUCUGGAGUGGCACUCACAAAUGCAUUCUGUAACGCUUCACCCCAGCACAUGGUUGAGAAAUGGUGUGGCCAGUUUGAAAAACUGGUCCCUCAAAAAGAAGGCCAAAGCAUCUCACCCAGAGGAAAAGAAAGUCACUUCCCUGAAAGGACCUCUAGAGCCACUUCCACAUGCUUCCAGUUUUCCAGAAGCCACCUCCCUGCAAGAGAGACUGAAAGACAUGCCCUUGAGGGCAAGUGAAGGUCUUGGAGCUGGACAGACAGCUCAGUGGUGUAGUAUUUACCCCCACCAGGACCCCCAAAAAUACAGCAGCUCCCCACUCAGCCCCAUAGAAGACAGACUCCCAUUGUGCAAGAAGUCACACAAGGAGGUCGAGCAUGGUGGCCCGUGCUCUGCUGGUGCUCUCCCUGGCGAAAGGCCCUCCUCCAGCUCACUGACUGUGGAUGACCCCUCCAGCCCAGACUUGGGGCCUGCAGCAGGUCAAGAUGAUGCCGACAGUCAUCUAACCAAAGACAUUUGA